UAUACGAGAAAGAAAAAGAAAACUUUGGCAAAUGAAAUCAAACUUCCCCGCGGCCCACAACCUACCCUUUUUCUUUUUUGUUUUUCUUUUCGGCCGAAACCUUAACAUUAAAAGCCCUACACGUGUUCACUUUUUCGGGCCGCCGCCCCAAUCCUUCUCCCCUCCCCUCACCCCAGAACCCAAACUUUUUCAAUUAGCUGCUGCAAUUUGCUUUAUCUAAUUUUCAUUCUUUUUUUUUGUGAAUUUUAGAAUAUACAAAGUUAUGAAUCCUGAAUAUAAUCACUUGGAGAAAGAUAAAAGGAGUUCUUUUCGGCUCUUCUUGUUUUGUUGACAAAUCCGGAAGGUCAGUCGGCGAUGGAAGCUAUGGAAAAGCGUUGAUGACUCCAAUGAAUGCUGCGAAAUAAGAGACUUUUUGUGUUUUUCUUUGUGACCCGUUUCAACCCGCGGGUUGAGACAACCCAACCCGUCUCCUUCUCACCCGUUUCAACCCGCGACCCGUUCCAACCCACUACCCGUUUGACCAAUCCGUAUGGGUCAAAACAGCAUGCGGGUUGGGUCAACCCGCGGGUUGCGGGCCAGAAUUGUUUUUUUUUUUUUGUUUUUGAAACAAAAUUAAAACUAUUUUGAGAUGUGUUAUCAUGUUUCUCACCCCAUGAAUACAUGUUAUGCUCUUAAUUUUGACUGGUUAAAUUUUAAAGGAACGGUUCAGUAAAAGAAAGACAACUGAAAUCUAGAAUUUUUAUUACUUAUAUUUUGUACUACUACAUAUUUAGUCCCAUUUAAUUCAUAAAAAGUUUCAAUUUUAUUAUCAAAUAUGCUGCUAAUCUAUCAACAUUCCGUAAUGUAGAUUAUUACUGUACAUAUAUAUAUAUAUAUAUCUGAUCGUGUGAUGUGAUACUAGUUCACUUGUUUGUUUUGGGUAAAUAUGACAGCUCACUUAUAAGUAAGUGUGUGUUUCUUUUAAAAAGAAAAAGGAAAAACACUUUUAUAACCGUUUACUAUUGGCACUCUGCACAGAAAGUGACUAAAAUGAAUCCCUUGUCCUCUUCCUAAUUUUCUUUUGGGAUUUCUGCGACUGAAGUGGAUAACGUUUAAUCAAAUUCAAGCUUUUGAGCAGAAAUCUUUUUUCUAACUCUCAGUCUCAGCAAUGGAAGCUCUGGGUCUAGGCCUCUCACCCUUCACCGCUCUCAGCAGUACCCAUCAACAGCAAAGUUCAAAGCUUCUGACCUCAACCCAUGUUUUUACUUCUUCAAGGAUGCCACCAUCUAAAUUCAGAGUCCAUCAAAACUUUCAGAGCGCUAUAAGAAUGCAGGUGGUUGAAGAAGAGUAUGAGGUGAAGCAAGCUAAAGAUAUGGCUGCUGCGAGAAAAAGAUGGGAUGCAAUGAUUAGGGAUGGGAAAGUCAAAAUUCUGACACCACGAGAAGCUGGAUAUGCCAUUCAACUCUCAAAUACAAAGCUUCUUGACGUCCGGCCAUCUACUGAACGCACAAAGGCAUGGGUAAAAGGCUCAACCUGGAUCCCCAUAUUUGACAUUGAUAACAGUUUUGAUGCUGGUACUGUUUCGAGGAAAGUGACAAAUUUUAUAAUGGGAGGUUGGUGGAGUGGUGUGCCGGCGUUAUCUUAUGAAAAAAAUUUCUUAUCGCAAGUUGAGGAGAAAUUUUCGAAAGAUACUGAUAUUAUAGUGGCUUGCCAGAAGGGUUUGAGAUCCCUAGCAGCUUGUGAGCUUCUAUACAAUGCUGGUUACAAAAACAUUUUCUGGAUUCAAGGUGGUCUCGAGGCUGCAGAAGAGGAGGAUCUUGAACGUGAAGGUCCUCAGCCAUUUAAGUUUGCUGGAAUUGGUGGAGUAUCUGAGUUCCUGGGUUGGACGGACCAACAGCGAGCUGCAGCUGCCAAGGAAGGGUUGGGUUAUCGAUUAGUUUUUACUGCUCGUCUGGUGAAACGAUAUUCUUAGACCUUCCUAGAUUUGUUUCAAUAGUGGUUCUUAUGAAUUGACUGUGACACUCUUUUGGUGCAGUUUGGUGUUAUACUUGCCGCCGAUGCCUUGUAUAUUGGAGCACAGCAAGUGGGGCGUUAUAUUCAAGGUUUAAAAGUGCAGUAGGUAUCUCUUGCUAGUUUAUAAGGAAUUCCAGGGAGCAGCAUUUUGUAAAUGGCUUCCCUGCUAGCUUAGAGACCUUGCUAGAAGCUUCGAAGGUGAUGUUUAUAGGUCAUUGUCUGCCUUGGCUGUUAGUUUAGUGGAUGUAAUGACCACUCUGAGAGAUAUAAACAUUGAUGUUUGUCUUGUGAUCUUCACGUGAAGUUUUGGUUGAUGAGUUGUUAUUUUUGUAAAGCCGUUGUAAGCAUGAAGGUAAAUCGGAUAAGAGUAUCAUACUGCAGUUUUAUUGGGUUUACCCCUAAUACUUGAAUUUGUGACUUGGAAGAUAAAUUAUGCGAACCUCAAUAUUGAGGUCAGACCGCAACAUGAUGUGGUGAAGUUGUGACUUGGUUGUAGACUUGUAGUCCAACAGCAAAACCUCUAGACGAAUUUCUGAACCUAUUAUGUGUCUUGAGUGUAGCUUAAGCUGGUGUGGUAAUCAGAAACUGCAGCUUUAUAGGUUGAAACCAUUCAAAUAACAUAGUCAAAAAGAUGUUAAUAGUGAUUUUGCAUUAAAGAAUGCAGAAAUGUAGAUUCGAUAACAAGUGAAUGUACUUCGUGAUCUUUUAAAUGUGUUACUUGGCUACUUGCCGUGGUCACCACCAGCAUUGCAUUUUGCAGGUGCAUUGUUCAAGUUUUGCUAUACAGCUUCUUAAACAGAGAAAUCAAGUUGUAAUUCUCAAAGCAUUUGAGUUGUUUGUUCAUUAAGCAGCAAAACCAAAGAAUACGACAUUCGAAGGAAAAGAUCUAAUGUAAUACAAGUGCAAUGCUUCAGAUGAUACAGAAACUAUACUUGCAACUUUAAUUGAAGAAUCUAUGCUCUUUGAAACUUCAAGACUGGAAUAAAGUUUCAAUAUGCAAAGUUUUUGCCUUAACUCAAGUCUUCAGGGAAGCGUGGGUUGGCAAUAACAAUCAGAGGAGAAAUCUUGUGCAUUGUGAUGCCGAAAACUUCUGUCAUGUCAAGAUCUUUAGCUUCCACUCCCGGAGGUAGCUCCCAAUCGAAACUGUGAAGAAGCUGAGCUAAAGCGAGCUCAACAGUUGCUUUGCUAAAUGUAACAGCAGGACAGAUUCGCCUUCCGGCACCAAAUGGUAUGAGCUCAAAAUCUUGUCCCUUGUAAUCAAUAUUGCUAUUCUCGAACCUUUCCGGAAUAAAUUUUUCUGGACUUUCCCAUAUUUCUGGAUCCCUUCCAAUUGCCCAGGCAUUGAUGAAAUACCUAGUUUUAGCAGGAAUGGUGUAGCCAUCGAUUGUCACUUCCUCGGUGGAUUCUCUUGGGACUAAUACUGGAGCUGGAGGAUGAAGCCGAAAAGUUUCCUUUAUAACAGCUUUCAUGUACUGCAACUGAGGCAGAUCGCUUUCGGAUACAAUUCUUCUUUCCCCAACAAUGUUUCUAACUUCUUCCUGUGCUUUUCCCAAGACUUUUGGAUUUAAUAUUAGCUCUGUCAUUGCCCAAUCCAAGGUGAUGAAAUUCGUAUCAGUACCAGCCGCGAACAUGUCCUGCAGACGAAGAAUAUUUUAACUUUUUAAGAGAAGUUAUCAGAUGAAAACAGGAUCCCCUGCUACAUACAAUGAAUCAAUGAUCAUUUCCAGAAAUUUUCAAGCUAGUUGAAACCGAGAAUAACCAAUAUGAUUGCUUUGAUGUUGUUGGUGGUGAGAUGAUUCUCAGCAUCUUCUUUCUGCUGUACUUCAAGUAGAACAUCCACAAGGUCCUUCUGAUCUUUACUUCCCUCAGGAUUCUGAUGAUCCUUCAAAAUCUCAUCAAAGAAAAGAUCGAAUCGCCUGAAGGUGUUUUUAAGUCUUGAUUCCAUCCCAGUAAAUUUAUGCAGAAACUCCAGAGAAGGGAAGAAAUCCCCAAUGCUGAAUCCUCCAAGCAGAAUUUGAUACUCUUCAAGUAACUUCUUGAAGUUAUGCUUAAUAUGAUCUCCACCUUCCGAGAAAUCCCUUCCAAAUGCAACCCGACAGACGAGAUUAUUCACAUACAACGCGAGCGCAUUGGUUAAAUUUGUGGUGCCACGGCGUGAUUCUGCAACACGGCGAACAAGCUUGCCAACUUCUUCUUCCCUGACAAAACUGAAUGAUUGAACUCUCUUUGGACUCAACAAUUCAAGAAUGCAAAUCCUCCGUAUGUUUCGCCAAUAGUUGCCUAACGGGGAGAAAACCAUAUCAGUGCAGUCAUAGAAAAGAUGCUUGGCUGAGAAAAUCUGAGGCCUAUUAGCUAUUGCAUGAUCAUUAGUCCUUAAAACUUCCUUUGCCAACCUUGGUGAUGAAACCACAACUGUAGGAACCUGACCAAGCUGUAAAAACAUGAUGGGGCCGAAUUUUUUCGCGAGUUUGUGCAGAGAUUCAUGAGGCAAACUACCUAGAAUAUGGUUAAGGUUACCGAUGAGUGGAAGUUUAGGAGGACUUGGUGGGAGUUUAGUUCUACUUUUAUUGUUGUUCUUUUUUCUGAAGCUGAAGAACAAGUUCAGGAGGAUGAUCGCGAGUACUGAUAUGAAUACAAAAAUUAAGGGAAAAUUGAAGAAGCUUUGCUUCUGCCAUUCCAGGAGAGCCAUUGAAGCAAUGAAGUUUUUCAUUCUUUUCUGGCUAAUAAUUCCAGCUUGGAACGAAGAAAAAUGAAAUCGUAAUAGUGCUGCAAAUUAUUGUACUGUGUUAUAGCUUAAAUGUUAGUGCAAUUUUUUCCAAAUGGAAAAGUGGGCUCAACUCAACC